AUGUCGGAAUCUCGCUGGAUCCCACUCGAAAGCAACCCAGAUGUCUUUAACGGUUGGGCCAUAGAUGCCGGACUUGUAGCAUCCCAGGCGCAAUUCGAGGAUAUAUAUGGCCUUGAUACAGAACUUCUAGGAAUGGUAUCGGCAGGUGUAAAGGCGGUUACACUACUCUUCCCCUGUACAGGGACAAUUGCAGCAAAGCGCAAAGAGGAGGAUGAAAAGAUUGCAGCUCAAGGGCAGUAUCCGAUCGAUCCCACUAUUUUCUGGAUGAAGCAGACGAUUACAAACGCUUGCGGAACAAUGGGCCUCCUGCAUGCUUUAAUAAACUCAGAUGUCACUUUCGCUCCUGAAAGUCCAUUAGCUAGAUUUAUUGAAGAAUGCAAGGACAAAACGCCGUUAGAGCGUAUCAAAUUUCUCGAAGAGACCUCCUUAUUCGAACAGAUCCAUACCUCUGCAGCCGUCUCAGGACAAACUACGGUGCCUGAAGAUUUGGAUACCUAUCUCCAUUUCACCUGCUUCGUGAAGGCACCCGAUGUCACUGCAGGGGACUCGGAAAACAAGGUCCGUGGGUGGCAUGUCGUGGAGCUGGACGGAGGUCGCAAUGGUCCGAUAGAUAGGGGCGAAUGCACAGACUUGCUUCAGGACGUAGCCAGAUUCGUCAAAGAACACUAUAUCAAGGACAGCAAGAGCGUCAACUUCAGCAUGAUGGCGCUAUGUUCUGGACGAGACUAG